GUCGACAUCUGAAAUUGAAGAUCUUUGAAAAUUGGCCUUCUGUGAAUGGACUAAGAACAGAAAGGGAGUAACUAAGCUUUAUAUGUAUGCCUCAUGGUUGAUUAUCAACCUCCAAAAAAAAGCAAAAGAAAUCAUGGGUUCACCAAAAUUUGAGACGCCAGUUCAUCUUCUAGCCUCCUUUGCCCUUUUCACAGUGCUUGUAGUUAUCAUUCCACAAGGUGCAGUUCCUGCUUAUGCCUCCACACUGGAAGCACAAGCCCUUCUCAAAUGGAAAUCCAGCCUUCAAAACCAAAACCAAUCCACCUCUUCUCUAUCUUCAUGGACUCUCCCUCCUCAAAACGCUACCGGCUCCAACGCGACGGCAGCGAGCCCGUGCGGUUGGUACGGCAUCGCAUGUAACCUGGCCAGGAGCGUGAUUGGAAUCAACCUCACCAGUUCGAACAUCAGAGGUACGCUCGAUGAGUUCCCGUUCUCCUCUUUGCCGUAUCUUACCUAUAUAGACAUGUACAUAAAUGAACUCUCCGGCGGUAUUCCACCUCAAGUUGGCCUUUUGACCAACCUCACCUACCUUGACCUCUCCUUUAACCAAUUAUCCGGGCAAAUACCGCGGGAGAUUGGGGAUCUCACAAAGCUUGAGGUGCUACACCUGAUUUCGAACAAGUUGAAUGGCUCUAUCCCUGACGAAAUUGACCGGUUGCGUUUGAUGAACGAGCUCGCCUUGUACUCGAACCAAUUGGAUGGAUCCCUUCCUUCUUCCUUGGGUAACUUGAGCAGCCUCGCUCGACUAUAUCUAUAUAACAAUUCAUUUUCCGGUUUUAUUCCUCUUGAAAUGGGAAAUUUGACCAACUUGGAGGAGAUUUACAUGGAUACCAACUUCCUAACAGGGCCAAUUCCUCCCGCGUUUGGGAAAUUGACAAAACUAAUGGAAUUGCACGUAUAUGAUAAUGAACUUACUGGUUCUAUCCCACCAGAGAUAGGGAACUUGAAUCUUCUUCGCCGACUCAGCCUGUACUACAACAAUCUUACUGGUUCAAUCCCCUCAACAUUAGGAAAUUUGACAGAGCUUACACUUCUUUCUCUGUAUGGCAACCAGCUUUCUGGUAUCAUUCCUGAUGAGUUAGGAAACCUUCGAGCUAUGAUCGAUUUCGAGCUGAGUAUGAAUCAGCUCACUGGUCCUGUUCCUUCUUCUCUGGGCAAUAUGACAGACCUGAAAUAUUUAUACCUCCGUGAGAACCAACUUUCCGGUUCAGUUCCUGAAUUCCUUGGGGAUUUGACAAACCUGGUGGUGCUACAAUUGGAUACAAACCAGUUCACCGGUUUCAUGCCAGAUAACUUGUGCCGAGGUGGAUCACUGCGUAACCUCACCAUGGCCGGCAACAACCUCACAGGUUCCAUACCCAGAAGCUUGAGAAAUUGCACGAGCUUACUCAGGGUACGCCUCGAGGAGAACCAACUCACUGGAAAUCUUUCCGAUGUUUUCGGCGUCUACCCAAACUUGGACUUCAUGGAUUUGAGUUUCAACAAGUUUUACGGGGAAAUCUCGGUUAAUUGGGGAAGUUGUCCGCGUUUGAGGGAUCUACGAAUUGCUGGGAACAACAUGACCGGUACCUUGCCUCCUGAGAUCGGAAAUGCGACUGAACUACAAGGACUCGAUCUUUCUUCCAAUGGUUUAGUCGGUGAGAUUCCAAAGGAACUCGGGAAAUUGACCUCUUUGGUGAGGUUGAACUUGAGCAGGAAUCAACUUUCUGGCAUAAGUCCCGACUUCGUUUCACUAUCUGGUCUUCAAAGAGUGGAUUUGUCCAGGAAUAGAUUAAGCAUGUCUAUCCCAGAGAGAAUCGGGCAGUUGGCAGACUUAGUCCUCCUGGAUUUGAGCAACAACCGGUUAAGCCAAGAAAUUCCUGGCCAGAUAGGGAUGCUGACUCACUUAUCUGAGCUAGACUUGAACAAUAACUCAUUGAUCGGUGAGAUUCCAGCACAACUCAGCAAUCUGCAAAGUUUAGUGAAACUUGACCUCUCACACAACAGUCUUUCUGGCCCUAUAUACGCCGUUUUCAAGGAUAUGCCAGGUUUGGCAACAAUUGACAUAUCCUACAAUGAGUUCCAGGGUCCAGUUCCAAACACCACGGCAUUCCAAGAUGCUCCAACAGAAGCAUUACAAGGUAACGCUGGAUUAUGUGGAAAUGUUGAUGGACUUCAGCCUUGUGAUCAAUCGGCGCCACUGAAGAAGAAGAAGAACUCCAAUACUGAUAAGAAAGUUUUUCUCAUUGUUUUCCUCGUACUUGGAGCAUUUAUCCUGUUUUCUUUCGUCGGAGUAUACUACAUUUUGCAUAGAAGAAAGAACCGCCGACAAGCAGAGCCAGCGAGAGAGAGAGAGAAAUUGGUUUCUAUAUCUACUUACGAUGGGAGGAUAUUGUACGAAGAAAUCAUCGAAGCGACUGAGAAUUUUAAUGACAGAUACUGCAUUGGAGUUGGAGGAUAUGGAAGAGUCUUCAGAGCAAAGCUAAGAUCAGGCGUUGCGGUGGCUGUGAAGAAGCUUCAUCAGAUGUCCGAUAGCGGGCAAACGAAUCAGAAGGAGUUUCAGAGUGAGAUAAGGGCAUUGACGGAAAUACGACACCGCAACAUCGUGAGACUCCACGGCUUCUGUUCACAUCCCCAGCACUCGUUCUUGGUGUACGAGUAUCUGGAAAGAGGAGACCUGUCUGCAACCCUGAGCGACGAUGGCGACGCGAAAGAGUUGGGUUGGGAUAGGAGGGCCAAUAUUGUUAAAGGCAUAGCUCAUGCUCUGUCUUACAUGCACCAUGACUGUGUGCCACCUAUUGUUCACCGAGACAUAUCAAGCAACAACAUCUUGCUUGAUUAUGAGUGCGAGGCCCGUGUUUCCGACUUUGGUACAGCCAAGCUUCUCAAGCUAGACACGUCGAAUUGGAGCGCUGUCGCUGGGACAUACGGAUACGUCGCCCCAGAGCUAGCUUACACAAUGAAGGUGACCGAGAAAUGCGAUGUGUACAGCUUCGGGGUCGUGGCGAUAGAGGUGAUCCAUGGAAAACAUCCGGGUGAAACCAUCUCAUCCCUCUUAGCUGCAUCGGAUAAGGAGAUUGCAACAAUCCUGAAAAAUAUGCUGGAUUCGCGCCUACCAGCCCCAAUGCCCGGCCUUCAGGAUGAACUUCUAGUCAUCUUCAAGCUCGCAAUUGCUUGUUUAUCCACCAAUCCACGACUCAGGCCGUCGAUGAACAUGGUUUCUCAGAUGCUAUCGGCAUGUUCAGCCGCUCACUGAUGUGGUCAUUGUCCCCAGUAAUAGGUUAAUGCAAGAGGAACUAUAGCUUCUAGCAAUUGAAUUGAUCAUCUCUAAUGGUGCCUUUUAUCUUCAUAGAUGACUGUAGUAUGGGGAAGUGAGCUUGUAAUAAUACAUGACAGGCGAAUACUCAGAAGCUACAAGUUGUGGCAAUGAUUACUAUAUUACAAGCCU